AAACGCCACACCCGAGCGAGUGCCACGUUUAUAAUCUUUAAAUACACAAAGAGAAAAUAAAGUUAUAAUCCAGUCAAAAAACGUCAUGAUUCUACAUCUAUCCUUACAAUAAAUACAAAUAGUUUUCAAACAGUCCAAUAUAUAUGAGCCUAGAAAAAGUUCAAAAGCAUUAAAUAUAAAAUGACAAAUUAAUUUGCAUAAAAAUACAUGCAUAUUAUUGGGUCAAUAUAAAAAUCUUUCAAAAACGUCACGGAUCAACAGUUAUUAAUGACCAGCAAUAAAGAAAACGGAACAAUAUUUUCAAACACGUCAACACGUAAAGCCACUUUCCUUAUGUUCAGUAUUCGCGUGUUGUUGUGUGAAUAAAUUUCAUAAAUGAUCAUUGGCUUUGUUGUUUGCAGAAAGUUUAAGACGUGACGAGAUGGGUUUUGAAUUCAAAGAACUGGAAAAUGAACCGUUUAUAUCGUACGUUAACAAAGAAUACGAUGACAUGGAUAUAAAUGACAACAAUGGUCAAAUUUUAACUUCGGAGAUCACGAAUGAAGGACUUCAGAACACAACGAACUUGCAAAAUGGUAGAAACGCUUGCAAAUCUCUUUGGAAAAGUACGAGGAUGACGAUCAGUCUUCUUUUAUCUCUCAUUCCAUUAACUGCUGUGGCCAUGGCACUAAUAUUCUUGGACAUCAACACCACAUAUAGAUGUCAGCAAUGGAAGAAUAUGUACAACGCCAGUCUACCUUUGUCUGUGAGACGUACGCACGUCUACGGUGAUAAUGUUGAAACAUUAGUAAUAUAUACAUGGUUCCCACUAACUAUGAUCUUACUAUUCGGUUGGAAAGAAUUCAAAACAAAGUAUUUAUCAGUCGCUUAUAUUGCCGUAAUGUUUGGCUUGUUAGCAGUGAUAUAUCAUCAGAUUUUGCUAGAGUUUCAAGUUCAGAAUUCCAAAUUGUACUAUGGAUAUCCGAAAAACGUUUGUUUUUGCGUUAUGUUAGUGUGUUCAGCUUCCGUAAUAGUUUACAACAUCCGUUCCAGCGACAUCGUGGUUUCAUAUUCGAAUGUUCACAUUAUGACACUUAUUCUAAUCGAAUUCAUUUUAUGUGCUUUCAUUUCAUACAUCUACAAGUACGGAAUUUUUGUUGCUAUCAACAAAGUACAAGAGCCACGAUUCAAAUUCUUCAUCGCCGCAUCCUCUCCAGCGAUGACCAUUCUUCCUACCGUAUUGUGCAUGCAAAUGGCGCUGAGAAAAAGUUCCAAGCUUGUUCACCCUGAUCGUUGUUUUGUCCUCGUCUAUGUUAUCCGAGGUGGAGCUAUAUUUUUGUUUCGAACUAUGCAAUCUGAUUUCCAAAGAAUUUGGUUAUUCGUUGCUCUUUCAUUAUCGUCAGCAAUUUCAGGUUUUUUCAUGAAGACCACUCGACAAAUUCGUUUCAAUUUUUGGAAACGCACAAUCUCAAAAUUACACUCCCUGGGCUAUUUCCUACGAUUUCGAGCAUCAACGUGGAACACAGCACAUGCAAGACGGUUGCAAGCUGACUUGGAAAUACAAGAUAUGCUUUUUGAAUACAGCACUAUCGUUUUGAGUCAAGCUUACUUUACUUUUUACCACCUUCAAAGUUUUGAAAUACAAACAUGGCCGCUGAUUUUAGAGUUGCUUGAAAGAAUUGCAAUUGGUCUCGCCAUUGAAUUUAUUUUUAACUGUUUAUCAAAUCAUGUUCAGAUGUAUCACUACAACAUUCCCAUUGGCCGUGUGUGGAGAAGAUACUGGAAACGACAUUUGUUGGCUAAUUUAAUUUUUGUGCUUACCAUUAUUGCAUAUUUUAGCCAAGAUUUCACGUCGCUAUUUCAAUCACGUUAUCAGGAGAGACGAAAUAAUAUCAGGAACUGUACAACAUUAUUUUGAGUAAACAUUGGUGAGCUGUUAAAUUAUCAAACGAAAAUGAUGUUUACAUAGUAUUUAGUGUAGUGCUAUACGUUUAAUCUCUGCAGCAAUGAGUGUUUUUGACUAAUAUCAACGAAUAUUUUACUCAGUUUACUUUAUCUAAAAUUGUAAAUGAAGAUUUGCUUACUCCCUCAUCAAAUCAAAACAACUUUCAACAACGAAGUACAUUUGAGAAGUAAAUUUUAUAAUUGGCUACAAAAUGUCUGUAGCCCGGGUCAUGCAUCCAACUAUUUUUGAUAUCAAAUUGUAAGACCAGAACCCUCUAAAAUUUAUUGUGAAAUAAUAGUCAACUCAAAUGAAAUAA